CUCCGACAAACAAUUUUACACAAUCAGAAACCACACUGAGAACAAUUGUAUUUUUUCUUUAAAUAUACUGAGGUUUAGAACAUGGCAUCAGGUAUGUUUACAUAUCAGCUACAUUUAUGUACUGUUCUGUCCCCAAAUUAUACCAUAAUGAGCACAGUAUCCUGUCACUGUGUGUAACAAAUGUGUACUUAGUACCGAAAUAGUAAUUCGCAGCCAAGGGACAAGCAGAUCUCCAGUAAUUAGCCAGCUUAAAUAUCACUGCUGAAUCAAACAUGUAGUAGUUCCUUGUGUACAUUCCCAUUAUUUAAAUAGAGAAUGUAUUAGAGUAUGUUGUGCAGUUAUUACAUGGGCCAAAGUGUCUCCAUGCAUAUUCUCCUUAAAAAAUAAGUGGACCAAUCAAUCUCUGCCUCAGUUGGGCUUGCAGUCUACAAACAGAUGUAAUGAAAGCAGUAGAGGAAAGGAAGGUGAAUGCAGGUAGAAGUAAUGGGGGGGGGGUAAAGGAAUUUAGGGAUUAUACUUCAGCAUUACAUAUAUGCAGCUAUUUAAAAUAAACUUGAAUGAUCAAGAAAAGAUUGAAUUCAGUACUUCAGGCUAUUUUGAUUUUUAAAAUGUAUGGAUAUCCCAAAAGAGUUCCCUGUUUGGGAAGCUUUUAUUUUAGGUUGGCAAGUUCAAAACUGAACAGGGCAACAACAGUAGCGAUCUGGUAUGGAUUGUUUAAUUAUACAUAGACACAACUCCGCUGUAAUAUUCUGAAAUGUUUUAUGGCUUGCAUUUCAUCCAAGAUUUAACGAAGGAAAAUAGGUGUUUUUGUUUCAAGCUUGUGACGAAAUGCUUCACUUUUUAACGGCAAGCGGAGCAGCCAUUUCUACAGAAUUUUAAAAACAUUCAUAUUUUAUUGCCACAAAAAGCCCAUUCAUUCUCUCUUGGGAGUGAGGAGGGAAGUUGCUGUCCUCCCAGUAUUCACCUUCUUGAAUAAUUUGGCAGGGAAAGGGAUGCUUCUUCACUGCAAGGGAUGCCCUCCAGUGAAGUGUGAUUUGUUACAGUGUGGAGAUGGCAACUUCCAGUUUGUGCUACUUGGACUCUUGUUCAGACAGGUGCAGCUGAAGAGUAUAGCAAUGUGAUCUGGAAUGAAAGGGGACUCUUUCUCUAAUACGUUUGGGGUGGGGUGGGGCGACAGCACUAGCUAUCUCUAGGGCUCUGCCCCACAUAUCUGAUAGCAGCAGCGCCUACCAAGCCACUAGCAUCCUCGCUCCAUUCUACAGGUGCUCAAGGGAGUGUUUUUCUGUCAACGCUUGCUGGAUGCGGUUAAGGGAAAAGUAAUACCUUGUGCCUUUUUCUAAAGGCAGAGCAAAGGAGAGAUGCCAGGGUUCAAGGCUAUCUGCAAACCUGAUCUCUGACCUAAACACACGCCUGCCUCAUACCAAUCAAAUGAAGACUGGCAGGGAUGCCAACUUGAGUAAAAUAUGGGGGGGGCAGUUAAGCCCUGUUCUGAACACACCCCACAUUUGAAUGGCAAUGCCCAUCAACUUUGGGGGUACAACGCCCACAAAUAAUUUAAGGGGGUCGAAGGAACCCGGCCCCUAGGAGUUGGCUUCUAUGAAGACCGGUGUUGAGCAGUCUUGCUGACAAUGCAAGUGUUGUGUUUCAGCCUCCGGGCUUCUGAGCCAAAGGAAGCCGGGCUUGGGCGACCGGCUGUCUGCGCCCUAGCCAGAUUCCCUACAACCGCGCACGCGCUGCGGUUCAAGUGGGUCUUGGUCAGCGCGGAAGGAAAAGCACUCUGCACGUGCUCAGGCGCGCUCCGUUUCUGCCUCAGGGCCGAAAGGAGGCUCUGGGGAGGAGGCCAGGGCUCAAAGAUGUCUAACUCUAAAAAGAAGCAGAGGUUAGGAAUCGUGACCCCCUGAGGACCCUUGGAUUUUGAUCAAAUGCCUGGAGAAGUCCAGCUGCGCAGGGCAGCUCACCGGCUCCUGUGAUCCUGCCACCUUCGCCUUCCAGAUUCACGGAUCGGGUCCAAACCAUUUUAUUGCCGCAGCCUGUGCCACGAAUGGCUACCCAGAGGAAGCACUUUGUGAAAGAUUUCAAUCCCCAUAUCACCUGUUGUAUCUGUAAAGGAUAUCUUAUCAAACCAACGACAGUAACUGAGUGCCUCCAUACUUUUUGUAAGAGUUGUAUUGUGCAGCACUUCGAAGAAAGCAAUGACUGUCCCAGAUGUGGCAAUCAAGUCCAUGAGACCAAUCCAUUAGAAAUGUUACGGCUGGAUAACACAUUAGAGGAAAUUAUAUUUAAGUUGGUCCCAGGGCUUCGAGAACAAGAACUAUACCGUGAGACUGAAUUCUGGAAGAAAAACAAACCUCAAGAAAAUGGAGAUGAAGAAAAUCCAAAAUCUGAAGAUCCCAAAGAUGAUGAAGAUGGAGAUGAAAAUCAAGAUGAUAAAGACUAUCACAGGAGUGACCCACAGAUUGCUAUUUGCCUGGAUUGUUUACGUAACAAUGGGCAGUCCGGGGAUAAUGUAGUAAAAGGACUGAUGAAGAAAUUCAUCCGGUGUUCUACACGAGUUACUGUAGGGACCAUCAAGAAGUUUCUAAGUUUAAAAUUAAAGCUUCCAAGUUCUUAUGAGCUGGAUGUACUAUGCAACGGGGAGAUCAUGGGGAAAGAUCACACUAUGGAAUUCAUCUAUAUGACAAGAUGGAGACUACGAGGCGAAAAUUUUCGGUGUCAGAACUGCUCAUCUUCGCAAGUCUGCUCACAGGAUGGCUCUUUUUAUCAGUCUUACCCCAUGGUACUCCAGUAUCGACCCAGAAUUGACUUCGGUUAGACCAAAGGGCCAGAUCCCACUGAGAUUAAACCUGCACUAUAUUUACCCAUCGACAGAUUGCACAAUGAAUGGACGUGCCUGGAUUUGGGGGUGGGGGGUGGGAAAACAAGAUCAGAAUUCCAGCAUGCAGAUACGGACUUUUUCUUCAGCUGAUCAACUAUCUUCCCCACCCCGUUAGCAUAAUCCAAGUGCCAUUCUCCUACUGAAACAUUCAUAAGAUGUUUGUGACAUCAGAGUUUGCGAGUCAUAGCCAAAUAGUUAAAUGUAUAGUCUGAAUCUCUGGAAUACUUGCUUUGCCUGUUAGAAACCUUCCUUGGUCUAUAACAUUGAUUACAUCGGCAGAGAUGGCCAUCGGCUCUUUCACAUGUGGUGUUGCUGUUCGUUUGUUUUUUUCCACAUUAACUAUCUUACUGAAAAAUGUUGUUUGAAAGUACUGUAUAAAAAGGUUAAAUAUGCCUUUACAUAUUUUUUUUUGUAUAUAAUACAUGUUUUAGAAAUGUGGUUGUUGUGCCACUAACGUUUUCUCAUUCAGUUCCCCAUAGGUCCAGGUAGCUAACUCGUUAGUAUACAGCAGUCUCUUUGCAGAAUUUGAAAUUUUAGAUUUUGUGUCAGAGAAGUUAAAUGCGACAGUUUGUAUUGAAUUGAAAUGGUAUAAUGUCUCAUAUCCUUUCAGCAGUGUAUAUAACUUAACCUAGAGUUUUAAAUUGCAGAAAUAGCAAAUCUGUAAACAUGCAGCAGGUAAGGUUAUUUUGUCUUUUUAAAAGUCUAUUACAUAAUAUUUUUUUAAAUAAAAGAAGAAACAGGAAGCGUCAUAAACUGUAAUAUAAAAAGUGUUAGGUAUUUUUUGAAACUGUUGCCAUUGCAGGCUUCCCUUUCCAGAUUUCCUUGAAGGCAACAAUGUGGGAAAGAGGUAGUUUUGAAAUUGGUGGUCUUAAGUGUGCUAGAUUAGGACCACUGCACCUAAAUAUACGUCUGUAUUAUUUUAAUAUAUUCAGUAACACAUCGACAUGUUGUAAAAUGUUAAUGGCAUUUCAACCACAUUUUUGGGUUAUCUGGAAUCUAAAAGCUAUAGUAGAACUGGUUGUAACACCUGAAACAGAAACAGAUUUAACAUGAUUGACAAAGCUACCUGACCAAAAUCCACUGACUGUUCAAGGGAGGGGGGAGGUUUCCCCUGACAAGCGGUAGUGUUACAAAAAUACUAAUGGCUGCCUUAGGUAUCGCAUGUGCAUUCUUCCUUGUUUAAAAAUGUUGUGUUUUGUUUAUGGAUAUCAUUACAAAGCUAGUAACAUAUUGUUAUUUUGUUUCCUGUCUUCCAUUACUUUUGCACAGUUAAAAGCCAAAACAAUACAGCUGAAUGAUCUGUACAAGUUUUAAUAAACAGAGUUAUUUGUAGAGUAAACGGCACACUACAAGUAACUACAUUCACUUUCGGAUGCUAUGAUGUAAUUAAUUCACUUCAGGAAAAUGUGGCAGUACAAAUACCACAGCCCUAGCAUGUAAAAGUAGGAAGUAGAUGGUGAAAUAACUGUAGGCUGCCAUUUCUGUGCCCCACAACAUGAUCAGGAGUGUCAGGCACAACACAGCAGAUGGGAGGAAAAAGGAGUGGCUGGACUAAAGCCCAUGCUGUCUUCCUCUAACUUAUACUUGAUGACAGUGUCAAUAACUAUCACCUGUUAAAUGCUCUGGGCAUGGUGCAGAAGUACCACUUGCAUACACUCCUAUUUUGGGUGCAGAGAGCUUGCACCUGCCUAACGUUCUCCCCCUUUCAACAGUUUGGCCUGCCACUCAUGCCAUAUCAAAAACUGAUUUUCUAAUUCACUUCAGUUUCCAAAGCAGUUGUUUCACUGUAUGUGAGGCUGCUGCUUGAGAAGAAUAAGUCCGCAGCUUCUUUAAGCUCUUGGAACUACUUAUCUGGAUCUUAGCCAGAUAUUGUGUACACACACAGGUAACAUCUAGCAGUGGAUCUUAAUUACAUUAUAUAAGCCUACUUCUGUGUAUAGGUUAGUAUUUUAGGAUGUGGCAAAUUCCCCCUUUGCACUGUGUUUCACUAGAAUGAUUCUGGAUAUUACCUAGAAGGGCAAGGGGAGAAGAAAGUUAAUGAGUUGAUUUGUGUAUCUGUUUGCAUAGUCCUGGAUGACACCCAAAGCGGUAGCUCCUGCAUCUUCCUUUGGGUGCAGAUCCAGAAUGUGUAUACUUUGCCAUGGAGAGGAUAUGGGAGUCACCACUUUUCCCCAAAGUGUUCCCCAUAUGCAACCCAAAAGCUUGGAAAGAGAUGCCUAGACCAUAGUCUUCAGCUUUUUAAGGUAACAUCCAAAGAUGCCCUGAAAAAUCUGUCAGUGCAGAUCCAUUGUAUGCAUAGUGGCUUUACUUAAGCUACUGAAAUUGUUGCCGUUUAAGAUCUGAAGGACCUCCAAUAGCAACAAAUAUUGAUUUAUUUUCUUCAGUGCUCUGCCAACUUGAGCAUUGUUAAAAAUUCCCACAUUCCCACAAACAAAAGACUUAUUUUCACAAAUGGAGUAUGUGCAACUUAUUUCUGAACUAUUUUUUGGUUUCCUGUGGAAAAUGAGCUGUUAAAUCCUUCCUUUGAUUCAUGGAGGUAAAUGUAAUGUUUCAAAACUUCAUUCCGACUGACUUAAAAUACAUUCUCAAAAUAAUCUAUUUAUUUUGAUAGUAUGCUUCCUUUAAACGUGCUUUGUCCAAAUCCUCAGAAAUCUAACAAUUAUAAACCUUGUGUAAUUAUGUUGUACGCUGGCAGAAAAUUUGCUAUUCUCCGUAGAGAAAGGGCCAUAUAAAAACUAGAAUUUGGGGUCUGGCUACAAAGAUUUUCUACAUCAAUUGCAGUAGCAUCUCGGAUGUUUAAGGCUGGGAACCAUUCAUCUUAUUUUUUAUUUUUUUGCAUUUUGUUUUUAAUAGCGUAACCUUGAUUAAUGGGAGCAAAUAUUUUCCACUUGGAAAAAAAAGCAUGGAAAUCCAAGACAGACUUGUGAGCUGUGAAACGCUAAGAGCCUUAAAAUGUUUCUUGCACAUGUAACCUCUUUGUGGCUUAUACCAUUGCAUUUCUGGUUCAGUUGUAUAGUGCCUCUACUGAGUUGGUUGGGUAAUUGUAGGAAGGACCACCAAGUGCAGUCGUCUUCUAUAGAACUUUCUAACUUCUUAGUUCACUGACGAUUCUCCCUAUUUGUUCAUCUGAUCACUCCUAAAAAUAUAUAAACGGUGUGCCAAGAACAAGUUAAAUAUGAAAUAUGAAUAGAGCACGAUCACAGGCUUCCUUGUGUCAGAGGAACAUUGCAUAAAUGAAGAUAGUGCACACAGAGAUAUCCAUAGCCAAACUGACUGGGGGUAAAAAAAAUAAAAUCAAACCAGACAAUGGCUUCACUGUUUGCUCACUUCCUAUAAGCCUAGUAUGUGCUGAGGAUUCUCAUUCCAAGGCAUGUUUUCUAUUGGGAGAGUUCAUACCUCAGCAAUAAAGCACAUGAUUUACAUACAGAAGGUCUCAAAUGGCAUAUUCAGUUAAAAUUAGGAUAGAAAAGACUGCUUCCUGGAGAGCAGCUGACAGAAAAGAGUGGACAAUACUGGGCUUGAUGGGCAAAUAGUCUGGCCAGCUUCCUCUGUUCUGUGAAAGAGAAUUGCUCCAUGGACAUGGAAGCUGUUUCCCAUGUGCAGGCUGGCAUUUUCCUUUCACAGAAGAAAUGGAAAGCUUUUAAUCUUGCCCUGGGCAUUUGAAACUACUCUUCUGCAUGCCCAGCCCAAAGAAUCGUAACACUGCUGUGCCCGCAAGUAAGGAGUAAAUAGUAUACAAGCUUAGGGCAUAGAGGGAUCCCUAUAGGAUAAGACAUGAGGUUACAUAUGUAGAUUGAUUUGCAGGAUUGAAGAAAUGCUACUGGUUUAGAUUUAUCUCUUGCACAGAAAUAAAGGUUCUGCCUGGUUUCUCUUCCCUUGAACGAAAUUUCAACUAGUUAGUAAUGUGUAUUCUUUGAAGAUUUCAUGCCAAAUGGUUUACUUUCUUUUUCUUCUUCGCUGGCAUCCAAUCUCAAAUGCCUAUAUAAUGCAAUACUGUUAAAUUAGAAUAAACUAUGUAGUGUUAACACGCAGAGUUUUCCUAAAUCAAAAUCCCCAGUUUUCCCAGAUUAAAAUGCUUAUUCAAGCUGUUUACACAAAACUGCUUUAAAGAUUGCAUGGGAAGGGUCCUCUUCUACAGUUUAGGAUAGACGUGUGUACUGCUUCUGGACAAUUGAAAUAAAAAGUAUACAUUUUCAUGGCUGUUCUUGACUCUUGCCGAGGUUAAGUGUUAGGCUGAAUGUGCUAAGUGACUCUCUGCUUUUCUUGUAGCAUCUUUUAUGCAGAGCAGUAUGUGAUAAGAAGAGAAGGGCAUUUCUGCUUUAUACGUAUUUCCCAAGGUCAAUGAGUGAUAAGCAAGCAGGAUUAGUAAUUUAAGAGAGAGAGAGAGAGACCAGGAAAUAUUCCCAGAAUGCUUAGUUAUCUUUGUAAAAGAUGACACUAAACCACAGGGGGCUUAUUUCCCCUAUGAAUGGAAUUUACCUCCUAGAACUGCAUUUGUUUUGUUUUGUUUUAUUGGCAAGGGGUUCACAUUUAAUGAUGAUCUUAGAUGCUGGAGUGUGCCUGAAGGUCUCUGUUGCUUUAAAAUUGGUCCUGAGAAAUGCUCACCUAUGAAAAGGUACAAAGCCUUUUGCUUCAGUGCUGGUGGCUCUGCUAUACCUGGCCUAUGAACCAAAAACUCUGUGCCCUGUCGAUCUUGUAAAUCUGCAAAGCACAAAAUACUGAUCAAACUAAUUUCAUUCAGCCUUUUAAAAAUAGCUUUGAGGUUUAGUUACAUAAUCCUUAGCCAGAAAGAAUAGGCCUGGAGUAUGUGACAAGGUAUCAACAUCCAUUUGUAGUAUUUUUGUUUGUUUUAGCAAAGAACAUUGCUUUCAGUCAUGUCUGUCCUGUGGGUUAGCAAAUAAGGCAACACUGUGUUAUGCAUUAUACACAACAUAGUCCAUUUUGAUACAUAUUUUCAAAGUAGUUUUAACUUUAAAAAAAACAACUUGUCCACAAAAUUUUAUUUGCUUUCUAGACUAGAAAAUAAAAAUGCAUAGAUUAGCCUACCACAUUACAGUCAGCCAUUGAAAAGAGAAACUGUGUGGCAUUAAAAAAUAAUAACCCAGGUAACUUCUGGAGGGCUGUAUUCCUGUACACACUUACUUGGGUGUGAGCGCCCCCAGAACAUUGUAGGACUGACUUCUGGGUCAGCCUGCUUAGGAUGGUCUGUAAGUGUCCUUGCAUAAGAUGUGAGCUGCUUCCACCUGGCAGUUUACUGUGGAUAUAGUGCUGCUCAUGUAUGCCAGUUCUGUGCAGUGUCCACACAACAUCCUUAUCAAAAUGUCAUCCCAUGAUAUUUUCCCUUUUAAUCUGGAUUUACUGUUUUCACAGAAAAUCUGAUAAGUAAAGAAAACCCCUGCAGAAACAGUAAGUCUGUAUUAAAUUGGGGGGGGGGGGCAGGGAAGGAUAUGGGAUGGCAUUUUGUUGAAGAUCUGUAGACACAGCAACAGAUUUGCAUCACUGAGCAGCACCAAGUCUAAAAUAAACUGCCUUGAGAAUCACAACAAGUGCUAGGGACCAGAGAAGAGAGAGAUUAGCUGUUAUUCUUCUAAACUUAUUUGUAUGUAGUUGGUGGUUGAAUUGGUACUCUAACGGCUCUUGAAGUAUGUAGAGAACUAAUUGCAUAAUAUCCCAUUGUUAAUUUUCUUUUCAGGUAUGAACUAUUUUAAGCCUUUUCUUUUUCUGUGUCAAAAGUGGUAACAUAAUAAACCUUUUUGUGGUUGUAAAGUUUAGCUUAUGAAUCAUUCAAAUUGAAGUGAAAAAAAAAUCCAGGUCAUUAUUAAUGACAGUCUAUCCUACUUAGGAAUAAAUGUAUUUUUGUAAAGGAAAAGCACUUGUAAAUAUUUACUCUGUUAUCUGUUAUCUGAUAUCUAUGUUUUGUUUUGGAGGGGGGGAAAUGCUGCCUCUUAGGGGAUCGCCUAAAUAUUUUUAGGUUUGUGCUAAAAUGGAUUUCCUUUGCAUUUGUGGCAUGUUCAUUCUGUACAUAGCUGAAUAGUUACAACUGGGCUAAGCACGUUUUAUAUCUGGACUUAGCUAAGUAUGUCUUGAGUAUGCCACAGAGUCUUUCAUUAAAUCUACCUGAAAGCAGAAUAUGCAUUGGUGCUGUGUUUCCAUUAUCGAUAUUAGCUUCCUUCUGCCUUACAGCAUUCCUACCUUUGUCACCAUGUUAUAACAAAGUUCUGGAUUAACUGUGACAGUCACACUCCAGAUUGAUGUAUCACUGGCUGCUUACGGUACUUUCUGUUUGCAGCUUAUAAUAGGAUUUUGAGCUUUGGGUAUCAAAAGUGGUGAGCCAGGAGACAGAGGGCCCCUUCAGAUGAUCUCUUUAUUGAGCAUUCAUCCCACAGCAGUUAGAUUCACUGAACAUUUGUAGUGAUUUGUCUGCAUUCGUCCUACUUUGCUUGUUAGUCAUCUACCUGUUAGUCAUCUGUUCAUCUCAGACUUUUCAAUGUACUUCCUGGUCUCUUUCCUAACCACAAAAAGUCCAUUUUGUUUUAAAAGUGGGCUUGCUAUACUAGGGGAACAGAGCACCUCAGUCUGCUUCCAUUGCUCACGCCUAAAGUUCUGGUAUGCACUUUAAUCUGUCCCACGGAUCCCUGACAGUCUGGAGGCACCCAGAGCAAGAGCAAGUAAGGCCAAGACCAAAACAAACAAACAAAACUCCUUGUGAGUUAGGACAGAUCUUGGGCUCAGGGCAAGAGGGUAGAGAGAGAAGCUGGUUGGUUAUGAUGAGUGGAGGCUGGCAAACUCUGAAGUCAGCUGGCUAUUUAGCCCCCAAUCCUGAUUAUUUUAACAGAAGACCAUUUUACCUCUUGGCCCAAUAAAAGGCUGGCUGCUUGGCAACCACGGUUAUAAAACCCAUUCUCAUAUCCAGUCAGUAGUUCAGUGAACUGGGGUGGGGGCGGGGACAAAGAAAUGAUCCAAAUAUAUAUUUUUCCAGUGCAGGUGGGUUGUAUACCUGCAUAUUUUGAAAAGCUGUUCCCUAGGAAACUGCUGUUGGAACACAGAAAAGGUUUCAGCUGCAAUUCUUGAAUGACUAAUACAAGGGGGGUUGCUGUCUGAAAAGAAUUGAGAUGGGGAAGGUGCUUAAGCUAUAAGACUAGAGUUAGCCAUUGGAAAUUGUGCAGUAGCUGGAAUUUAGUCCUUUUUUAAUCUAUCUUUUGGGGCCAAUCACUGGGAAAUAAAUUACCUGUGCUAUAGAAUGAAGGUGGACGUCAACAACCCUGGAACUCAGGCUUGUGGUCAGAUUCUGAUAACUGUAAUUCUGAGAUGUUGCCUGACCUGAAUCCCUUUAGAAUAGCAGAAUUCCAUGCCGUUGCAUAUAAUCUCUUUGAUGGAAAUGCUGUAUAGUAUAUCUGAACACAUGUGGCUGACCCAAAGUUUCCACUUUCACUCCUGAAUGCUUUAACUCCAGUUGUUAAUCUUUAUUGUUUUGUCUGUUUUCCCAGAGAAUUCUUAGUUCUCAACCACUAUGCCAGAGAAUUUGUUAAUGUCUUUUAAUGUUAUGACAUUAUGACCUCCAGUUACUUUUCCUGAGCUGGAUUGCAGCCUGCAAAACACAUGCCUGUCUGAGAAACAGUGGCUGACAUUAAUUAUAUCUAAGGCAAGGUGUAGAUGUUGCAUUCUAUUAUGAUCAAUAUUUUUGGUGGCUGCUUGUCGUUUUGAAGUUUUGAUUUGUAUCAGAAGGCAAUACCAGUAAAAGACACAGCAGCAUGUGCACAUUAUAUAAACUUGGCUGAAGAAAUGUGUUAUUAAUCAGCCCGGGGGGCGGGCAGGGAAUGUACAAAUAGUACUAGCCCACACAAAUUUGCACUAGUCAACUUAUCCACAACUUCCUAUGUUAGUAGAUGGAUUAAGGAAGAAUGAAUGAACCAAAACUCCUCAAAUUUAGCAAAUGUUCCUUAUCUAGCAUGCCUGGAGGUGAUUCAUACUUGCCAUGGGCAGUCAGAUUAGUAGCCAUUUAUAACCCUGUCAUUAAUUAUAUUACAUGUUACGUACUCAUUUUAAUAAGAGAGAUAAUGCUUCAAAGGCUGUGUUUAAUGCUAAUAUCGAUGUUCACAGCACCAUUGUAAGCUGCUGGUGGAAACCACAUCUUGUACGGUCCAUAUGCUGCAAUAUGCUUCUAGCCCAGUUGGCUAAAAUCCUAUAAAUAAAUAUCAAGUUGGGCAAGUUGUAUAACUCCUUUGCUUGUUAGCCCUGAAUUGCUCCUUUCUGAAAGCAAUAAAUAUAUUCAUGUUGUAACAUCUGUUGUGCAGCCUACAGUAAGAGGCAUCUUGUUGCACUUUCGUUUUCUAUCUAAUUUAUUUUGUGCUAUAAAAAGAAUUCUUUGGUU